AUGCUGUGGAUGGACAAGAUCCACAAAAGCGAGGCCCACGGAACCGGCACGACGCUGGGGGAUGCCGUGGAGCUGGUGCCGCUGCAGAAGAGAGGAGUGUUGGUCACCGCUGGCAAGACUUGCCUCGGCCACAGCGAGGGCGCUGCCGGCCUGGCGGGCCUCGCACGGCUCUGCGCAGGCCUGGGCUUCUGUUUGCCCUUGGUGCACCUGCGGGUCGCCAGCGUCGCGCUCCUGGCGCCGCAGGAGGUCCGCACCGAGCCCGCCCAGGCACUGGGCGGUGUGUCCUCUUUCGGUUUCGGCGGCACCUUGGCGCACUGCGUCGUCGAGCGCUUUGCGGUGAAGCCGCCGCCCCCGCAGCCUCCGCCGCUGCGCCGGGGCCUUUUUCGAUGGUCGGCCCGCAGCCACCCGCUGCUGGACACGCGGCAUGUGGAGAACGGCGUCCUCUUCAGCACGCCUAUCACCUCCAGGAUGCGGCGCAUGUUGGACGACCACGUGAUCUUCGGGCGCGUCAUCGUGCCGGCGGCGGUGUUUCUUGAGCUGGCUCUCGCAGCGCGGAUGGCGGGAGCUUCCGACGGCGCAGGCCGGAGCAACGCAGAUUUCGACCGACUGGACACCGUGCCCGGCAUUCAAUUUCUCGAAGGCGCCAGCGCCUUGUGCAUGGCCCUCAUUCCGAAGCUCUACCACAUGGAGACCCCGUCUUCCAGAGCUUCGUCGAAAAAGGAGCCUACGAUCCAGGGCUUGGGAGAGCCACCAAUGGCUGAGGCUGCUGACAGUCAGGCAUCCGCCGACUGGGUCACUUUGUGCCUCGCCUGCGAUGCGCCGCUUCCUGAGGGUGAACCGCGAGGCUAUGAGAUGAGCUGUGCUGAGUGUGGCGGUAACGACUUCUAUAGGUCCAAGAGCCCGACCAAGAAGAUCACCGCCUACGGCACCUGGGUCUUUGUCCCGCAUGGUUCAGCACCACAGGAGCCCCUUGGAGACCAGCAACAAGCACCACCUGGAGCGCCCGGCGGUGGUCACUCGACUACAUCUUCGGCGACGACCUGGAGCAUUCCGAGGGCAUCUCGGAACGCGGGGUCAAGGGCCGGCCACGGCGACCCUCCGGACGAGCCUGAGCUCGGCCACGUCCGUGAGGAGGCAGAGUCCGAAGUGCCGACCCAGGACCCGACGCACGAGCACCACGACGGAGACAACGAGCACCUCGAGCUCGAGAACCACGAGAACCUCCCGCAGGUAACGAACCAGGACACCGUGCACGUCCUAAAGCCGCCGCAGGCCCAGAAGUUCCACGAGUUGGAGAUCUGCAGGACAUCGAGCCCGUUCCUGAGGACCCCACGGGUGACCUUCGACGCGCUCAAGCUGGAACUCACGGAUGGGCCGGAACGCGGUAUUCGCUUCAGGAGUGGAGCGCCUCCAGUUCCGCCCAAGUGGAGCUACUCGCGUGAGGAUGUGCGCAGCUUCGCGAAGUUUGAGAGAAAGGUGCAACUGUGGCGGAUGCAGAUCCGCGCCUGGAUGCCUUUGAGCGAAGCCGCCAUGCUCCUCUACGGGUCGCUCACCGGAGAGGCCGAGGACGAGACCGAGAACUUGGACUUGGAGAAGGUGAACUCGCCCGGUGGACUGGACUACAUCAUGAACUCCCUGAAGGAUGGCCUCCAGUCAAAGGUGGUGUUCCAGAAGCGGAAGCUGUUGCACGACUUCAAGUCGGUGAGCCGCUACAACAACGAGAGCAUGAGGUCCUGCACGUCGAGACACCGACGAACGGAACAGGCACCGCAGAGCGCCGGAAUCCAGGUUUCCGGCGUGUACGAUGAGGAGGCUCGGGGUUCCAGACUUCUUGAUCGAGCGAAGCUGACCCCGGAGUCCCAGCGUCUGGUCCUCAUCGGUUGUGGUUACCGCCUGGACUUCGCGAGCAUCUCGGACUCGCUCAACAUGAGCUUCCCGGAGCACAAGCAACCCCCACCAGUUGUAGGUCGCGACGGACUGCCCUACCGAGGAGGGAAAGGCCGAGACACUUCGUCGGGACACCCUGGAGGAAAAGGACAAGGUGCAGGACGCGAGAAAGGCAAGGGAAACCCGUUCACGUCUAAGGGCUACUCCGGGAACAAGGGCAACGGCAAGUUCGAGAAGGCCACCGUCUACCAGACUGAUCUGGCGGAGGAUGACGAAGAGUUCGACGGGGAGGACGCCAACCAGUUUGGACCCUGGGCAUGGAGAAGCUCAGCGGCAUCACCUUAG